AUGAUUGGCGUCGUCCUCGACAAGAGAGCGGUAGGCGCCGCGGGUUUCCUUGGACAACACAUCUUCCUGCCGACUGGUACCGAGACGGCGGGGAACCUCGAUGUUGACCUGUUUUGUAAACCGAGCGGGAAGGAGACCGGUGCCAGGAUGAAGGGUACCCUGUCUGUGUGUUUAAUGUCUGUUGACAAGGAGAACUUUAUGAACAUCUGA